UAUUGUUGUUUUUGUUUUCAAGCUGAAAAGUCGUGUGCGGGUGGUGAAAAGUGCGUCCGCGCGAGUGCAAAAUUAAUAUUUUCGGUUGUUACGUUUUUUGCUUGGAACGUCGUUUGUUGUUUUCCUUUUCCUUCUUUGUUUGGUGUGAAAGAAAUUUGAUAAAUGAAAAGGAAAUGUGAAAGAGAGGAAAACCAUAUAAUAAUAUUGGAUAUGGCGACUAAAGUCGAGGCGUCAAUAGUGACGCACACUUGGCCGGAUUUUUGAGUGAAACAAGCAAAAAGAAAAUACAUAUAACAAAAAAGAGAAACAAUUACCCUAAAAGAAAGAGAACUUUAUCUAACUUUUUAAAGCUAGAGAACUCUAUCACAAUACGUACAACACAUAACACAUAUCCGAAAUUCACUCCUAAUGUUUGUGGUUUGUGAAAAUGCCUUCAGCGAACACCGAAGAUUUGAGGCGAAAGUUUCUAGUUGUCCAACAACAACGCUCGGCACCACCCAAUUUGGCCAGCGAUUCCACCAACACGACGAUGAUGAUGACAACCAGCGGCGCGGGGGGAUCAGCGGCAGCAGCAGCGGGAUCGCCAGGAAGCAACGAACCGGAACGCACCUAUAUAUUUCCGGGAAGUGUGAAUCCUGUUAUAGGUAGCGCACCCGGUGGAAAUGGUAUUCCUGGUGUGGCCAUUCUACCAAAUCCCUCAUUGUCUGCAGGUCAGCGUGGUCAUGCGCGAUCUGUUAGUCAUGGUGGUGGCGCCAUUGUCGGAGCUGGUGGUAGACCCAUCAAGUCCGCCAUGAAGGGUCAUCAGCGUGCCUUCUCGCAGGGUCAGAUCACCGAUUCGCCGCCAGGAAGUUCUGCACCCAGCGGACGUGGACAUAGUCGAGUUGGUUCGAAAACCGAUUUCAUUCUACCCCCCGGCCAUAAGGAUGAACCGGCCAGGGAACGGGAAUUCGGUCCCUCGGCACAAACAUCCGCCACCGGCGCAGGUCGUGGCCACUCGCGGCAGGCAUCCCGCUCGGAAUCGAUCUAUACACUGCGUCGCACCGAGGCCCCACCAUGGUGGAAACGUUUCACACUCUGCAAUUACAAUGCAAAUGAUAAAUUUGAGGAGCGUAGCUAUCGCAUGGUUGUUCCCAAUCAUACAGUACCACCAAAAACUCCCAAAAAUGAGCAUCCGAAUGGACAAUUUGUGGGCAAUAAGAUACGGACAACCAAAUAUACUCUACUCUCGUUUAUACCGAAAAAUCUACUAGAGCAAUUCCAUCGUGUGGCUAAUCUAUACUUCAUAUUCAUUGUGCUGCUUAAUUUUGUGCCAGAGAUUAAUGCCUUUGGCAAGGAAAUUGCUAUGAUUCCAGUCAUAUUUGUGCUGGGUGUGACAGCGGUCAAAGAUUUGUUUGAAGAUCGACGACGAAGAGCAUCAGAUAAACGGAUUAAUAACACAACAUGCAGAGUAUACGAUGGUGAGACGGAGCGUUAUAAGAAAACGAAAUGGCAAGAUUUGCGUGUUGGUGACAUUGUCCAUUUGUCAAACAAUGAGACAGUACCAGCAGAUAUACUUUUAUUGCGAACCAGUGACCCCCAUGGGGUCUGCUACAUAGACACCUGCGAUUUGGAUGGUGAAACGAAUCUAAAACGCCGCGAGGUUGUACGUGGCUUUGAGGAAUUACAGAGCAUAUUUUUACCUAGCAAAUUUGUGAGUCGAGUUGAAGCGGAUGCGCCAACAACAAAAUUAUAUAGAUUUCAUGGGGCCUUAAUACAUCCAACUGGUGAGCGUGUACCCAUAUCGACCGAGUGCCUUUUGCUAAGAGAGAGCAGACUGAAGAAUACGGAUUAUAUUGAGGGAAUUGUCGUCUAUGCGGGACAUGAAACGAAAUCAAUGCUAAACAAUAGUGGUCCAAGAUAUAAGCGCUCCCAGGUGGAACAGCAAAUGAAUAUUGAUGUGAUAUGGUGUGUGAUAAUAUUGUUGAUACUUUGCAUUGUUGGCGCCAUCGGGUGCACCAUGUGGCUAAGCUCUUAUGUUAAUAUUCCCGUACCCUAUAUAACGAUAGCCGAUGUGAGACCCCAUCUUGAGGGGAUGUGGAUUUUCUGGACAAAUAUAGUCAUUCUGCAAGUGAUGAUACCGCUCUCACUCUAUGUGACAAUUGAACUCUGCAAGAUACUUCAGGUGUAUCACAUUCACAACAACAUUGAACUAUACGAUCCGGAUACGAAUAAGCAAACCGAAUGUCGUGCCAUGAAUAUAACCGAAGAAUUGGGUCAGAUACAGCACAUUUUCUCAGAUAAGACAGGAACACUGACAGAGAAUAAAAUGAUAUUUCGUCGAUGUGUGGUCAAUGGAGCAGAUUAUAAUCACCCGGAAUCGGAAUUGGAGAAAAUGUAUACCAAGCCGGGGGCACCAGCGCCACCCAUUGUGCCCAACGAGAAUCUAAUUGAUGACAUGACACAGCUAACGGGUGCAUAUCUAACGCCGAAUGCCCAGAGAAUUCAAGAGUUUCUGGUUGUGUUGGCCAUAUGCAAUACGGUGAUUGUGAGUGCUGCUCCGCACAGAGAUUUAAUGAAUGCCAGUGGCAUUAUUGAAGUCCAACAGACUGGCUCAAGUCCUGGCAAUUUAAAGCAUAUUAAACGAGGUCCCAAUCAUUUGUUGGCCACCACAACAACCACAACAACAACGACCACAAUUUUGAAUGGAACACCUCAGCCUGCAUCGAUUCCAGCCGAUCGCUAUACUCGACUUGCCGAGUCUCGUUCGGUGACUCCUUCGCCCCCACCUAAUCUCCUAUUUGCCAUGCCCACACAAAACCAUCAGCCCACACUGUCGCCCAUAAGCAGUUCAGCUGAAUCUUCGCCCAAUUCCGAAUCGGAAUCACCAUCUCCGCCGAUGAAGAGCAAAUCCUUGUCCAAUAGCAUUUCCCCUACAGGACGAGCCAAGGCAGUGAUUAAUUCAAAAAUCACAAGCAUUGCAACAUUUUUGAAUGCCAGGACUCAGGGAAAACGUUUGAAAAUGAAUAACACCAAAACGGAGACCAUUUAUCGCACUGCUGAUGGUCGGCCUUUGUAUGAGGCUGAAAGCCCCGAUGAAUUGGCCUUGGUAAAUGCUGCCUAUGGCUAUGAUUGCUGCCUCUUAAAUCGCAGUCCCAAUCACAUACUGGUCAGCAUGCCAACAGCUAGAGCAACAGUGGAAUAUGAGAUACUCAAAAUAUUGCCCUUCGAUUCGAGUCGCAAAUGCAUGUCAAUUGUGGUACGACGUGUGGGCACCCAAGAGAUUAUUUUGUAUACCAAGGGAGCGGAUAGUUCCAUAAUGCCCGUAUUGGCUCCAUGUGCCAGCAAUAGUCCUGAGGGUAUUUUGCGUGAACAGACCCAACAACAACUCGAUCGUUAUGCACGUGAAGGCUUACGUAUUCUGGUAAUGGCAAAGCGUACACUAAACGCCUCCGAUUAUACCGAUUGGUGGGCAAGGCAUCAGGAGAUUGAAAUGUCACUGGAGAAUCGUGAACGCAGAUUACGCGACUCAUUUGCCAGAUUGGAGAGUAAUCUAACCCUAUUGGGAGCUACAGGAAUUGAGGAUCGUCUACAAGAUGGUGUGCCAGAGACUAUAGCAUCAUUGAUCUCUGCAGGUGUUUCAGUGUGGGUGCUAACGGGUGACAAGCCCGAAACAGCCAUUAAUAUUGCCUAUUCGGCCAAAUUGUUUACACAGCAAAUGGAGCUGAUCAAGUUGACUGCUCGUUCUCGAGAUGCUGCUGAAACGGCAAUUAAUUUCUAUUUGACUGAUAUUGAAAAUGCCAAGACAACGUCCACAACAGGAGGUUAUAGCUUGAUGCCACGUCGGAAACAGAGGGCUUUAGUUGUUGAUGGCAAGACGUUGACUUUUAUUUUAGAUCCCAAAUCCAAAUUAAUUUUGCCAUUCUUGCGAUUGGCCAAACGUUGCGCUUCAGUGCUUUGCUGUCGCUCCACUCCGCUACAGAAGGCCUACCUGGUUAAAGUUGUAAAGGAAGAACUAAAUCUACGCACUCUUGCCAUAGGCGAUGGAGCCAACGAUGUCUCCAUGAUACAAAUGGCCGAUGUCGGUGUGGGCAUCUCAGGUCAAGAGGGCAUGCAGGCGGUAAUGGCAGCUGAUUUCACGCUUCCUCGGUUUCGUUUUUUGGAACGUUUAUUACUCUCACAUGGCUAUUGGUGCUAUGAUCGUUUGGCUCGCAUGAUUUUGUAUUUCUUCUACAAGAAUGCUGCCUUUGUAUUUCUGAUAUUCUGGUUUCAAUUGUAUUGCGGCUUUUCGGGUGCUGUAAUGAUUGAUCAAAUGUAUUUGAUGCUCUAUAAUUUAAUAUUCACUUCGCUGCCGCCUUUGGCAAUUGGUGUCUACGAUAAACGUGUGCCAGAGGAAUUGUUAUUAAAAAAUCCGCAUCUCUAUAAGAAUGGACGUUUAAAUGUUGCCUAUAGACCGCAUGAUUUUUGGAUAACCUUACUGGAUGCCCUCUAUCAAAGUCUGGUCAUAUUCUUUGUGGCGCUGUGCGCCUAUGCGGAAAGUGACGUUGGCCUUUGGGAAUUUGGUACAACAAUAACAGCAUCCUGUUUAUUUGCCAAUUUAGUGCACUGUGCCAUUGAAAUACGUUCAUGGACGGUGCUGCAUGUUAUAUCCAUAUUGUUUAGCUUAGGUUCCUUCUACCUCUUCUCAAUUGUCUACAAUUCCAUGUGCGUCAAUUGCUUUGGAGUACCCUCGACAUAUUGGGUGAUAUUUAUGUGCUUCAAGUCAGCUGUCCACUGGUUGGUCAUACUGUUGUCCACAGUGGUGGCUGUUUUGCCACGUCUUGCUCUUACUACCAUACGGACUUCAAUAUAUCCUGAUGAUAGCACAAAGGUUUUACUGAAUAGCAAACGUGAGCGCAGCAGAGGUGAGGGUUUGUUAGUUACUUGGUCGCGCUCAACCUCAGCCUCAUCAAUAUAUAGAAUCGCCGAUUAUGGGUCUAAGAAUCAAAUUAUAACGACCAUUACCUGAUCCAGCGCCAAAAUGCAAUUUCUUUAUCCACAAUAUGCAUACAUAUAAUGUGCUUUCAAUUUCAUAUGUGGCCUUUCGACACCGAUUAAUAUUUAAUUAUUUUAGUUAAUAUAUAUAGCCAUUUA